GUCAACAAAACAAAGUACCCACAAAAUCUUUAGUGUAUUUUAUUUUAAUCGAUUGGUUUUAUUUAAUAACUAUUUCGCAGUUUAUCCACCUACCCUCAAUAUAGUGCUACAUAUGCUGUAAACGGAAUACGCGCUAUUUACAAUGGACGUCGUAGUAACUCUUUUCUACAUUCUGUUUUCUAUUUGCGUUGUUUAUCCGCCUACGGAGUUCAUUUCCGCCGGUUUUACGAUACCACAACUUCUGGAAAGCUUCUUGGGUUCGGAGAAUACGAACUUUGUCGGAUAUCAUAUGAGAAGAGUUAGUAUAACAGCUCUAAUACACUCUGCAUUGCCAUUCGGGUACGCGUUGACUCUUUGGUGCAGCGGAGUGCGCGGGGAAUGGAUGCCGUGCUUCAUGAUAGGGUCAGCAAUCGGCCCGCUGUUUAUGAUGUUCAAGAUCGCUUGCUGGUGGGAAGGUCUCAGACAUAAUCACCCUGUGGUUAAAGCUAUACUGCCAUAUGUACCACCCGGCCUGGAUUGGCGAAUGCUAGCCGUAGACAUCAACUUGGAGUUUCGAGGAGUUGACAAGGUCUCCAUACAGCUUAAUGCAACUAACAAGUUCAUAGCAACAGAGAGAUGGCUUAUUAAGGUCUCGCAGUAUGCCAUUUAUUUAGUCAAGCAAAAUGAUUGUGCGCUAGUUGCUACUGCUACAGACAGCCACAACUUCUCAGUAUCGGGUGAAGAUGAAGUACAGUAUCUGAACAUUGAGGUGAUCCCUUCACAGAGUAAUGUGAAGAGGUUCACAUUCAGGAUAUCCACCUCAGCAUUGCGGGAUUUACAACCGAGGUUGGAGCGGCCAGUGCGGGUCCCGGACCACAUCUCCCUGCUGCCGACCCUGAUUGAGAGAUUUGUUCUGGUGUUCAAGCAACACAUUGAGAGGAACCCUGUCUACAUUGUUGAACAGGAGCUGGAAGUGUGUAUUGGCUGCAUGCAGAACACGGCAGACGUGAAGCUGAACAAGCUGUGUCCGCCGGGCCUGCCCGUCGACAACAAGCCGCCGUGCCAACAGUGCAACUGCAGGGUGCUGUGGUGCGGCUCGUGCAUGGGCCGCUGGUGGGCGGCGCGCGCGCCCGGCGCGCCCGCGGACUGGCUGGCGGCGCGCGGCUCGUGCCCCGUGUGCCGCGCCACCUUCUGCUUGCUGGACGUGUGCCCCGCGCGCCGCCCGGCGUCCUGACUGCCGCGCCUGCUGCCCCCACGCGCGCGCCGCGCCUGCACCCUCGCCGUCUGCCUGCGCGGCCUGACGCACUAGCGGCUGCCUGCACCUCACUUUACUCGUGUGUAGCGACACCUGCGGGACUGUCACGUUGGUCGGGCACAGUAGAGUGUUCGUUCGCGUAACAUGUCGCAUGAUGUGUGGGUUGUGCGUCAGAGGCAAUAGGGUAGUUGACUCGUUAAAUUAAAUAUAAACGCUAACGCAUAGUACAUAGAACAAGGGUCCGAAAUAUAUCAUUAUUAAUUAAUUAAUUAAUUAAUUAUAAAAGUUAAUGUCUUAUAAAACUCAAUUUAAAAAUCAUGCAUUUUAUCAAAUUUUCCGAACGUCAAUAACGAUGUCGUCCAUUUUGUGACGUCACAAUGUCACUUGAUGUACUAAACGUCAAACUAAUUGUUAACUAAUAUUUUUGUCAAACGCUCCAUUUGUAAGGUAUAAGUGACGUCAUAAAAUGGUUGAAAUAUGGACCAUCAUGGCCGAUUUGGAUAGAGCGUUUUGGCUCGUAUUGUCAAAAACCUAUUUAAAAACUAAAAUUUUCAUGUAAUCACGUCUCAAAAUUUUUUUCUAUCAAGUAGAACGAUAACGAACUAUUAUCGACUAUUUAAAAAAAGUGUCAACUAGCCUAUUAGAAAAUUUUACGAGCUUGCUCAACAGAACGUUCCGCAGGUGUUUCUACACUUAGACUAAGAGCCUGGUAAUGAUGACUUGACCUUCCACAUUGUAUAAAAACUUCAACUUUGUCAGCUCAUGCUUCUGUCGUAGAUAAGUAUGGUAGCCAAUUAUGUAGUUUGGGCCGUUUUACUAUGCCAGAUAGACAUAGCCGAUUAUUUUCAAAAAACGUGCAAAACUUGCUGACCGCUCGCUUCUAAAAGAUAUAUUUAUUUUACGAAGAAAUAGUUGAAGAUUUACCAAAUAAAGGAUUAAUAAUAUUCUGAAUUAAAUGUUAGUCGGUAGGUACACUAAAUAUAACUAUCCCUUGUAAACUGUACAUAUUAUCUGUAUUUUUCUAAUCUGCGACAUAGUGCAUCUAUUGUAUAAUAAUUCAGUUGUAGUAGUACAUAACAGACUAACUCAAAAUCGCAUUUAUAAUGUUAAUUAGCGUAACUAAAUAAAAGAUAUUCACAUUUACUUGUUACAGUUUUGUUUGUGAGUUAUAGUAUAGUUGUCUAUGAUUAAGAUCUACACGAUGCUUCUGCAGUAUGCUAUUGUUUAUCAGGUCAGAGGAUAAUUAUGUUGAUAUAUACUUGUUAGCGACUUGAAAACUUGAAAAUCAGUCAUAAAAUUUCAAAACGUAUGAGCGAAAGCUCAUUCGAUUCGUAAUAAUCCGUAGACAAAUCUAUUUUGAGGAUUUCAAAACACGAAAAAAAAUCAACAUAAAAAGAACGUUUACCUUUAUAAACCUAACUCGAAAAUUGAAAGUGAGUAAUGUAAAUCUGAAAAGAAGAAUAUUUUUACUGAAAGAGGAGAAUAUUACCAAUUAGAUGUUCAUUAAUUUUGUUUAAUAUGAAUUAUCACUUAUACACUAAAAAAGUAAAAGUUCCACUGUCAAGAUUUUUUUCCUCGGUGCUUCAAAGAGGUAGCCGAUUUUAGUAUUGUGUGUAUAUAAAAAUGUAAAAUGCAACCUUGGGCCACGAAAUCAGUUUUUUUGGAAAUAUUUAUCACUAAUUUUCAAGUUUUUACUGAUGUUUGCAUCUCCUCUGCCCAAGAUACUUUGUACAUAAUAUGUAUACUUGACAAAAACUGUAUAUACUUAAUAAUUUUUCCUACGUAUUUAAACGAAAUGACAUAUUAUAUAUCGUAGGUAUGAAUUAUAAAAUGUAUUUUACUCGUAGGAUUAAAACUAAUAACAAAACAUGUCAAUUAAACUCGUAGAAAUUUCGGCUUGUGUAAACUCAAUGUCCGAUUUAAAAAAUAUAUUCAUUAUUCGUAUUUUUUUAAUCUUAAGUUGGUAGCUGUCACUGUUUGCUUUUUCUUGAUUAAGUUGCUAUUUCUAUCGUCUUUAGAAUUGUCAAUUUGUAGCUUGACAUCAUUAUCACUAUCAUCACCACCAUAAUCGUCGCCAUCAUUAUUACAAUAAUCUUUAUUAACAUUAUGUAAAUUAUUGGCCUUCUGAAUACUUCUAAACGCCAGUCUUGAGCAUGUAUAGAGUAAAUUUUUUGUAUUAUUUGAAUUUACUUUGCAAGUAGAGGAGUGUUUAAAUAUUUGUGUAAGGUUGCGCGUGCAUAUACGUGUGCGAGCGUGUGUGCAUGCGUGGGGCGUGCGUGUGUGCGUGCGUGGUGCGUGCGUGUGUGCGUGCGUGGUACGUGCGUGUGUGCGUACGUGGUGCGUGCGUGUGUAAUAUCUAGAAAGUUUAUAUAAUACAAUUCAGCUUGAAACUUCGAGUAUGCAAGUUGUUGUUAUUUUAUGUUUUUUUUUUUUUUAUUAUAUGCGCUGUGACUAUAAUUUAACGUGCAUGAAACCUUUAGAAACUUAGAUCCACAUUUACUAUAAUUGGAUUGUAAAUAUGGUGUUUAAGAUAUUGUUGUAAAUAGUUUGAUGUUAAAUUGUAUAUAUUAUAUAAUAUACUUUAAUUGUGUAAUAGUGCAUAUAAUAUCCAAAAAAAUGUUAGUCUGUUAUGUUGUGAAAUCAUUAUAUGUAUUUCAAUAUACAUUUUAGUACAUGUUGAACAAAGAAUUAAUUCAGUGGAUUUGUAAAUGUAUAAUUUGUCUAUUGGAAUUUAUAAAAUAAUAAUAUAUGAUAAAUAUUGUAGUUUGAUUAAAAUUGUAUAUUCAAUAUUGUGAUUUAUGUGUAGGCCGUAGGGCGUUAUAUAUUAUUGUUAUACAUGAGUAAUUAAUUAGUACUAUAUCAACUAAUAAUCACUUAUUGUUGAAACUUAAAUAGUUCUCAGUGUGGUAGUGAGUAGUAGUUUUCAAGUGUAUGCAAACAAAAGACAUUGUUGUACCUAUUGUAAAUGGAUGAGAAUUUUAGCAAAGCUGUUUUUAACGCUUUUUGCACAAAAUGUAAGUAUGUAUAUUCUUUUAAGUUUCAAAAGGAGUUUGACUUUAGAUGUAUUUGGUAGUCGGACGCAGACAAGCGAUUGACAGGCGCUUUGGUGUAUGAAUCUGUAGGAGUAUCAGCACCAUUUUAUAAUAAACUUUUGUAUUGUAAAUUAUCAUCUAGGGUGCGUGUAAGAUUACUUUGCGCACGAAUGACGCAAUUGUGUUGCCAGCAUUAGUGAUGUCUUUUACCCGCUAAGAGAUAGACAGAGAUAGAGGACAAAAUGGCGGCACUUUUGAUUCGUUCCUAUUUUGGCCACGCGCAAACUUAUCUUCUGCAGGAAUACGCCCCUUUACCAUUCACUUAUUUUAACAAUGCAUUUGUGCAGGCUAAUAUUCCUUUAGUUUACACACAAAUGCGCUUAUUCUGUCACCUUUAAUAACCAAUGGAUAAUCAUCAAUUUAUAACAGGACACUUUAUAAUUAAAGCUAAAUGUUCAAUAUUUUUUGUGUAUUGUAUAUUAGUAUCUAUUUUACUGUUAAUAAAUAGAAUAAUACUUGUCAUAUUAUCUGUAAGUAGCAAAUUAUAGCAGGUUAUUUUAGUACCUAUCUACCUAUUUUAAUGUUGUGCUGUUCUAAGUAGAUAUUCACAAAAUAAAUAUCGAUGUUGUCAACAAAAAUAAAUGCGAUAUUCUGAGA